AUGAUCGUCGACGGCUGGAGAGACAGGCUGCCAUCCAUUGAAGAUGAAGAUCCUGAUAACCAACAGAAUCUGUCGUUACCCAGCGAGGAUGACACCUAUUACCAGAGUGUCACCAUGAGGCUAUCGUUUAUUAAGCUGGGGAGCGUUGUCCUUCUAGGUGCGGGUUUUGCCGUACUUCUAUUUAUCAUGCAUCGAGGUGAAGAUAGAUAUGAACCACCCACUCGGAACAAAACGGAACAUAAACCUGUCCUUCCAUCCCGCCUCACUGUUUCUCCGACUGAGAUAGAAAAUCUUGUGAGGCUCCCACAAUGCCAGGAGAACAAAACGGUGGAAAGUAUCAAAGAUUUUUCAAAACUACCAGCACAUAUUCAGGAUUUCAUGCGGUAUAGCCAUUGCAGGAGCUUUCCCAAGAUCCUUGACUCGCCAAACAAGUGUGGAGGUGCAGCAGCGUCAAAAGACAUCUUCCUUCUACUUGCCAUAAAAUCUUCUCCAUCUAACUACGAAAGAAGAGCUAUAAUCCGUCAGACAUGGGGGAAGGAAACCAGUUAUGGAGGUGCUCAUGUGAGAAGAAUUUUUAUCUCUGGAACUUCAAAAAAUGAGGGUGAAGACGAACAUUUAAGACAACUUCUGAAAAUUGAGAGUACAAAAUAUGGUGAUAUCCUACAGUGGGACUUUCAUGACACCUUUUUUAACCUGACACUGAAACAGUUCCUAUUCCACAUUUGGCUGGAUAAAUACUGUCCAGGAGCAAACUUUAUUUUUAAUGGAGAUGAUGAUGUAUUUGUCAACAUCUUUAAUGUCGUCACCUACCUACGUAGUUAUGAAGCAGAUAGGCACCUUUUUGUAGGUCAGCUGGUAGAGCAUGUUGGACCUAUUCGUGAUUCUGGAAGCAAAUAUUAUGUACCAGAACAACUUACUACUUCUACCUACCCAAGUUACUGUGCAGGUGGAGGAAUUGUCAUGUCCAGUUAUACUGCCCAUGCCAUCCACAAUCAAUCUCAGGACAUCCAGUUCUUCCCUAUUGAUGAUGUUUAUCUAGCCAUGUGUCUUGCAAAGGCUGGCCUUGUCCCAACCUCACACACGGGCAUGAGGACAGGGGGAGUGCAAGAACCUCACGCCAAACAGGAUUCAUACAAUCCUUGUUAUUAUAAAGAACUUUUAGUGGUUCAUCGUUUUAUACCAUAUCAGAUGUUAGUCAUGUGGAAGGCAAUUCAAGAUCCUCAUCUUAAAUGCGCCAAGACAUUUUUCAUGUAG